CGCUGGCGGGCCGUGAUGGCGGCGGGUGAUGGGGACGUGAAGCUAGGCACCCUGGGGAGUGGCAGCGAUAGCAGCAGCGACGGCAGCAGCGAGAGCCCGGGCGGCGCGGGAGACACUGCCGAAGGGGGCGGCUGGGCGGCGGCGGCGUUGGCGCUUCUGACAGGGGGCGGGGAGAUGCUGCUGAACGUGGUGUUGGUGGCGCUGGUGCUGCUGGGGGCCUACCGACUGUGGGUGCGCUGGGGGCGACGGGGUCUAGGCGCCGGGGCCGGGGCGGGCGAGGAGAGUCCCGCCGCCUCUCUGCCUCGCAUGAAGAAGCGGGACUUCAGCUUGGAGCAGCUGCGCCAGUACGACGGGUCCCACAACCCGCGCAUCCUGCUCGCGGUCAAUGGGAAAGUCUUCGACGUGACCAAAGGCAGCAAGUUCUACGGCCCCGCGGGUCCAUAUGGAAUAUUUGCUGGUAGGGAUGCCUCCAGAGGACUGGCAACAUUUUGCCUAGAUAAAGAUGCACUUAGAGAUGAGUAUGAUGACCUGUCAGAUUUGAAUGCAGUACAAAUGGAGAGUGUCCGAGAGUGGGAAAUGCAGUUUAAAGAAAAAUAUGAUUAUGUAGGCAGACUCCUAAAACCAGGAGAAGAGCCAUCAGAAUAUACAGAUGAAGAAGAUACCAAGGAUCACAAUAAACAGGAUUGAACUUUGUAAACAACCAAAGUCAGGGGCCUUCAGAACUGCAAUUCUUACUCCCUUUCACAGAAUGUCCAGCAUCUUUGGGUAUGGUUCACCUGCUGCGAAAAACAUUCAACAGAUUGUGUACAAGAGAAAUGAGUCUUACUAUGAAGAUUUGAAUACUAGACGUUAUUUAUGCUGCCAAACUCAUUUGUUGCAGUUGCUCAUAAUGUCUGAUGGGACUUCAUUGUUCUGGGGGAAAAAAAGGAGACAGGGAUUUUUUAAAGAGCAAGAAAGUUACGAGGUUACUUGUAUUUUUUUUCUUUUCUUUUUCUCUCUGUUAUUAUUUUUUUUUAUCAAAGACAACCAGAUAUGUAUUUGCUACUCUUCAAGUGUACAAAUCUCCUCAAAAAACAGCAAAGGACUCUUACUUCACAUGCUGUGUUUUUGUUUUAGCCUUGAGGAAGGAGGAGACGGGGGGUGGUGGGGACUUGCAUAUCAGUUUGAGCAGUUUAGGCUACCAAAACAUAUUAAAAUGUGAAUUCCCAAACUCUUCUCUUUGGGCUUUGUCAGGGAAAAGAAAAAACUCAUUUCUAAGAAAUCUUUGGCAAUUAGGAGAAGGGAUUUCAAGUAGAUUUAAGUCACAGCUAGUUCUCCAAUAGUAAGAUCAUUCGAAACCAGUUUUUAUCCCUUCCUUUAUCCUGGAUCAAAUCAAUAUUAAUUGUGCCUUAUUUCACUUAGAUAGACUUGAAUUACUUUUAGGGAAAGCCCCUACGUGAAUUCAGAAGUCACUACAAGCAGCAUUGAGACUGAAGUUGGAAUAUUCUGUCGAGCGCAAAACCUUGAUACCAUUCUGUGUAUAUAGAAUGUAAAAGAAAUAUUCAGUGUUACUGCCAUAUAUGUUAAUAUACACAAACUUAAUUAGCAUUGCAACGGCCAAAUGCGUUCCCCUCAUGCUUUUUUCUUUUCAAAAGAAUCGAAAAACAAAUCGACAACUCUGUCCCCCAACAGCUGCCUAAUGAUAGGAGUCAGACCCUCACAUCUCGUUGAUGUGGAUCCAUGGGGACUCCAUGGGGCCGUGGUAUGGAUGUCUGCAGUAUGGGUGUGGCUGAGUGUGUGAGAGAGCACCUUGAAAGGGACUCUUUCUGCAGAUACUGUAAAUACAAGUACCAUUUUAAUAAAGCAUGUACAAUAAACCAAAAUAAGCUUGAGUUGGACUUUAUAUACAAAACUGUAAGCCAGUGCAUUAGGAUAUGGUAGUCAGGACUGUGUGUUUGAUUCAAGAUAAGGAAAACUCUUGGACAUGAAAAGCAGGCACUGGUUAACCAAGUUGUACACAUUGUACCACAUUCACUGUAACUUUAGAAAGAAAUUCCACUUUGUGGAACACUCAAGAGAUCUGAGAUUAUUCAGGUAAGAAUUGAUUUAUAAAAAUGUACAUACUUUGACUUUAUAUUUGAUGCCAACUGAUUAUACGAGAAGUAAUAGCACUCCGAGCAGUAGUUAUUGAACACAAAACAAUAAAGGUUAUUGUACCGAUAUUAAAUUCUUCCAUUAUUAGACUGAAAGUCCUACUGAAAGCCCUGUAUCUGUCAAUUCUUUGAUUUCAUCAUGACUAUUUAGGUUCUCCAUUGAGGACAGGUUAUACCUGUCACCAGUUAAAGAUUUCUCCUGCCUUACAGGCAUAAUAUAUACAGAAGCCAUCAAAGAAAGGGGAACUUUUAACUGCAAUAAUAAAUAAAAGUAUGUAAAAUACUAUAUUUGGUCUUGGAAUGUUUUGUAAAAAAUUAUGAACUUCAGCCAAAUUUUUGCUGAAGACUGGUUGUGAAAAUUGAAAAGUAUUAGUAAAUGCUUUGUGUGUUUUUAUGUAAAAUAUUUUCUAAACAAAAAUUUGUUAAAAGUAGUAUGUCAUCUGUAGUAAAUUGAUAAAUAUAUGAAUCAUUUGAGCCUAAAGUUCAAUAAUAAAUCUACAUUUGUGAAUAUAGAAGCCCUAAAUAUCCAUGCAGUAAAAAUUAUGCACCCUGUUGAGAAAAAUGGGAAAUUUUGUGUUUUGGACUUGAAAUAAACAGUGUUCUGUAGAUAA